AUGCGGUGCAGACGUCAAGAUCAACGCUUUCACAGCAUACAGUAUAUACAACUUAACCAAGCAAACUUUCCGGAGUUCAAUUACUUUGGUACGUACUUAUAGGAUAGCAAAGUAAUAAGAAGUCCCGGAAGUACAUACAUCACAAUGCGUCGUAAAGACCAUAUAGCUAGAGACUCCUGCUUAUUAACGGGUUCCCCAAGGCGAGGUGUGAAUUUCAUGUCCGUUCUUUCAUGCGAGCUGCUAGAUCGGGCUUCACGAUGUCCGCUUACUCGUUUCAUCACCUCACUGAUCGAUCUUGUUUGCAUAACCUUCUUACCAUCUGCGUAAUAAAAGCGCCCUGAUGAAAGCUGAUAUACCUCUUCGACUCUAUCUCUAACAGAGAUUACGGCGAUAUAAAGAGAUGAAUGGCUGCGCCAUUCCUCAUGGUAUACAGGAUGAAAUCGAAGGUGACAAAUGUCUUCGUCAAGAGCAGGGACGAACUCUCUGCUCACACAAAAUUCAAACUGCUUCCGCAUGGUUUUCCGUGCUUCCUCAGACCAUUCGCAACCGAUGAUCAAUUCAUUGAUCGAAGAAGCGAGCUCUGCUGGUACCAUGUUCGCUUUACUCUCCCUUUCUUCUUCUGGUACCACUCUGCUAUCCAAAAUGAAGAAAUUACAGCACGGUUUCUCCGGAAUGAUUUUCCACGAUGUUUUGAAGGAAGGAACAUCGUCGCCAGUAAAACUUCUCAGAUGCUCCUGUGUACUUAGCUGGAAAAAUUGUCUUAGUCACUACGGUGAGCUAUAG